CCCAAGGCUUUUUGUUCUUCGCUAUUGGCUUUUGCUGGAAGAUUAAGGGAUUUGAAGGAGUAUUUUUGAAGACCUUAUGGCUUGGAUUGAGUUUUAGAGUCCUGCGUAGACUUUUUUCUUCUUUUUUCCUUUCUGGAUCAAAGGCACUAAAAGCAGAAAGGAGCCUGGAGAUUUAUGUGCGGCCAUCUGCCUAGCUGACCAUAAGUCUUUGUAACUAUGUUGGCGUGUCUUCAAAGAACCCAGAAUCCUCCAGUAAAGCACCUUGCAUGUGCAAACAAGGGGCUGGAACCUCGAAAGUGUGAAACUGCCACACCAAUGCAGACCACAAGAUACCCAAGCCCUGCUGAACUAGAUGCCUACGCACAGAAAGUUGCAAAUAACCCACUGACUAUCAAGAUCUUCCCCACUAACAUCAGGGUACCCCAGCACAAGCACCUAAAUCGGACUGUAAAUGGUUAUGAUACUACAGGCCAGCGCUACAGCCCUUACCCAUUACACACAAGUGGCUACCAAGGCCUGCUUGCUAUUGUUAAAUCUUCUAGCAAAAAUGUGGUGAAGAAUGUAGAGGGAAAACGAACUAAGAUUUCUACUGCACAGGUUGGUGUUGCUCCUUACACCAUGUCAAGCACUUUAACACAAGGCCAACCUUGCAACGGACAACUGAGUUAUCUUGCAAAUCAGAAGCAGUUGGAUGCACCAGUGCCACCCAAUGUGACAGUGGCAACAUCAGUCAUUCCUUUAACGGGUAGAAAUUUAACACUCCAACAGUCUAAUCUGCCCUCCAUUCAAAGCAUAAUUUACCAGAUUAACCAACAGUGCCAGGCUCAGGCUUCUCACCAGGCUUGUCAGGGUGUGGUGGUUACUAACUCUAGUCCAGCUAAGCAGGGAAUGACCAAUGGCUUUACUGCAAUGACCGGGGGCACUGUGGCUUAUACGGGCACUGUCUUGCAAGACUGUAGAGUAGGCACUGAGCUGACACUAGGAUCUGCUCCAGUGAUGGCAAAACCUGGGUCCUAUCAGGAUGGCAUGGACUACCUUAUAUGGCAACAGAAGCAACAACAGCAGCAACUCCGGAUAUACAGUGGAGGCAGUGGUGGAGGUGGAGCAGUCAGCAAGUCGCCAGAAGUGUGCCCUGGAGUAUCUCGCCCUUAUACACUUGCUAGUGCGGUUGAAAAAGUCAGCUCUUCUCCACUGAACUGUGUUGGCAUGCAUGGUAAUUUUUCAGUGGGGCAAUACUUUGCUCCUCCAUGGAACAGUAUCUUGGUCACUCCCAACAGUGACUGUUACAAUCCCCAGGAACUUGCCAAUGGUCACAGGGAUUUGGGGGUACAUCCAUCAGAUGGACUAACCAGCAUCCCCAGUAAGACCCUUUGCAAUACCUCUAUCCUUAGCAGUAGUCUUCAGUCUUUGGAGUAUCUUAUCAAUGACAUUCACCCACCUUGUAUUAAGGAGCAGAUGCUUGGCAAGGGUUACGAAACAGUGUCUGUGCCAAGGCUUCUUGAUCAUCAGCAUGCCCACAUCCGCUUGCCCAUUUACAGAUAACAUUUUUGCUUUUUAUGUAAUUGGUGGCCAACACUGGUUGUAAUCUGUAAACUAGAUUAUGCUACUUAGCCCUAAGAAGGUAUGUUUGUAAGUGCAGUGAGGGCAGAGGUGGUGUUAGGAAACACCCACUGCUCUGCAGCUAGAACGCAUAGCAUUGCAGGUCAUUACAAACCAAGAAUGGUUGACUAUUCCCUUCUUGCAGUUUCUGCUAUAUAGCAAGUGAAUGGAAGACUAUGGCUCUAUCAACACACAGGUUUUUCUUGCUAUGUCUUAGACCUUAACAGGGAACGCGCUACUGGUUGUACCUUCUUGAUUCUCCAUUUCUUUUUUUUUUUUUUGCUGAUUUUUGUAAUUGUUAAAAUCUCAAUUC